UAAUUCCCCAGAUUUGUCCUUAAAUCGAUCAAGUUCGUUAAUCCCGCUUCAUAUCUAGAAACAUUAACCAUACGCUCCAUAUAUUUUGUCAAUCAAUCCUCAUACACCGGCGCCAUGGUUGCUUCAAGAGUUGAUCCCGCCGAUGCUCUUCAAGUUGCUGCAAUCACUUUCGACUGGGGAGACAGCCUUGACGCAAAGGACUGGGAUCGCUUGGCCAGCAUCGUCGCCCCGGAACUAGUUGUUGAUUAUACCGCAGUGACCGGUGAGAAGUGGGAUGCCAUGCCGGACAAAGACUUUGUCGCCAUGGUCUCAGACCCUGGAUUUGUUGGUGACCCUCUUGUUGUCAGCCAACAUUUCAUCGGAGCUUCCAAAUAUGAAGCUCUCUCCGAUGGCCGCAUAAUCGGUACUCAUCAGCUCCGUGCUGCUCACCAGCGAUACACAGGACCCGACAAGAAGACAGUUGAGGCCAAGGGGCACUGCCAUGCUGUUAUGCGACAUACUUAUGCAAAGAUCGAUGGGGAAUGGAAGUUGGCUGGUUUGAAGCCCACCAUGUACUGGAAUGAGCAUGACUUUUCCAAGAUUUUCAAAGGAAGCCAGUAAAAAGUGUUGAUAGCACGCGAUAGCUCGAAUUGAGUCCAAGCACCUUUCUAAUCAAUGUUUUUCAUGCC